AUGAGGUUUGGUUGGUUUGAGGCGGCGGUCGUGACCGCUGCCUCAGUGGUCAGUGCCCAGGAUGAUCUUGCUUUCUCUCCUCCGUACUAUCCUUCCCCGUGGGCCAAUGGCCAGGGAGAAUGGGCCGACGCGUAUGAACGUGCCGUCGACAUCGUCUCCCAGAUGACGUUGGCGGAGAAGGUUAACCUCACUACUGGAACAGGGUGGAUGUUGGAUAAAUGUGUGGGUCAGACAGGAAGUGUUCCCAGACUCGGACUAUUAAGUCUCUGCUUGCAAGACAGUCCCUUGGGUAUUCGGUUUUCGGAUUACAAUUCGGCAUUCCCCGCAGGUGUUAAUGUCGCCGCAACAUGGGACAAGCAACUGGCGUACCUCCGCGGUAGGGCAAUGGGUGAGGAAUUCAGCGACAAGGGAAUCGACGUUCAAUUAGGCCCUGCUGCUGGGCCUCUCGGCAGACACCCCGAUGGUGGUCGGAACUGGGAAGGUUUCUCCCCUGACCCUGCCCUUACCGGUGUACUUUUCGCAGAAACCAUAAAAGGCAUCCAGGAUGCUGGUGUGAUCGCGACGGCCAAGCAUUACAUUUUGAAUGAACAGGAGCAUUUCCGUCAAGUUCCCGAAGCCCUUGCGGCUGGAUUCAAUAUUUCGGACUCCCUGAGCUCCAAUCUAGACGACAAAACCAUGCAUGAGCUGUACCUCUGGCCCUUCGCAGAUGCAGUGCGCGCGGGUGUGGGUGCUGUGAUGUGCUCCUACACUCAGAUCAAUAACAGUUACGGCUGCCAGAAUAGCGAAACUCUGAAUAAACUUCUCAAGGCGGAGCUUGGCUUCCAGGGUUUUGUCAUGUCGGACUGGAGUGCGCACCACAGCGGUGUCGGCUCUGCCUUGGCGGGGCUGGAUAUGUCAAUGCCCGGGGAUAUCGCCUUCAAUGACGGCAAUUCGUACUUCGGGGCAAACUUGACGAUUGGCGUCCUCAACGGAACCAUCCCUCAGUGGAGAGUGGACGACAUGGCUGUCCGCAUCAUGGCUGCUUACUAUAAGGUUGGCCGGGAUCGCCACCACGCGCCUCCCAACUUCAGCUCAUGGACCAGGGACGAAUACGGCUACGAGCACGCUGCAGUUUCGGAGGGCGCGUAUGAAAGGGUGAACCAAUUUGUCGACGUGCAGCGGGACCAUGCGGAAAUCAUCCGUCGUGUGGGUGCCGAGAGCAUUGUUCUCUUGAAGAACGAGAACGCUCUGCCGUUGAGUGGGAAGGAGAAGAAGGUCGUUAUCCUCGGAGAAGAUGCGGGAUCCAACCCUUGGGGUGCCAAUGGCUGCGAAAACCGUGGAUGUGACAAUGGGACCCUUGCCAUGGCUUGGGGCAGUGGCACUACAGAGUUCCCCUACCUCGUCACUCCCGAACAGGCGAUCCAGAACGAGGUCCUCCGAGGUCGUGGUAAUGUAUUUAGUGUCACCGACAACGGGGCUCUGAGUCAGAUGGCGGCGCUUGCCUCUCAAUCUAGUGUCGCUCUUGUCUUUGUCAAUGCCGACUCGGGUGAGGGAUUCAUCACCGUGGAUGGAAACGAGGGAGAUCGCAAGAACCUCACUCUCUGGAAGAACGGAGAGAACGUGAUCAAAACCGCUGCCCAAAACUGCAACAACACCGUCGUGAUCAUCCACUCCGUCGGAGCCGUUCUGGUUGACGAAUGGUAUGACCACCCCAAUAUUACCGGCAUUCUUUGGGCGGGUCUGCCUGGUCAGGAGUCCGGGAACUCCCUCGCCGACGUGCUGUACGGCCGUGUCAACCCUGGCGGUAAGACCCCCUUCACCUGGGGUCGAACCCGCGAAUCGUAUGGGGCACCCCUGGUCACCGAUGCGAACAACGGCCACGGUGCGCCCCAGUCGGACUUCGAAGAAGGGGUGUUUAUUGACUACCGUCAUUUCGACAAGUUCAACGAGACUCCCAUCUACGAGUUUGGCUACGGCCUUAGUUACACCACUUUCGGCUACUCGGGACUGCAAAUUGAGCCCCUGAACGCGCCCAAGUACGUCCCCAACUCCGGGAAGACCGAAGCGGCGCCAACUUUCGGCGAUGUUGCAGAGGUCUCAGACUAUGUGUAUCCAAAGGGACUGCGGAGAAUCCGUGAGUUCAUCUACCCCUGGCUGAAUUCCACCAAUCUGAAGAAGUCCUCCGGCGAUGCCACUUAUGGAGGGGAGGACUCGACGUACAUCCCCGAUGACGCCACCGAUGGUUCUCCUCAGGACCUUCUGCCUGCCAGCGGUGGUCCCGGAGGCAAUCCAGGUCUCUACCAGGAUCUGGUGCGGGUGUCGGUUACGAUCACGAACACGGGCAACGUGGCCGGCUACGACGUGCCUCAGCUUUAUGUUUCCCUUGGUGGCCCCAACGAGCCGAAGGUGGUACUCCGCAAAUUCGAUCGAUUUAAGCUGGAUCCGUCGCAGCAGGUGGUGUGGUCGACCACGCUGAAUCGUCGCGACCUGUCCAACUGGGACGUGACGGGGCAGGACUGGGUCAUCACCGAGUAUCCCAAGAAGGUCUUCGUUGGUAGCUCGUCCCGGAAAUUGCCGCUACAUGCUUCCUUGCCGGAGAUGGAGUAA